CUACAAGACCAGAAAGAGAGGAUUACAAAAUCUUGUUAAUGGAAAAUUGAAUUAAUUAAAGAGACUUUUCAAACGUUGCGUUACUGAAUAAAGAGGUGGUUUGUAUCAUAAGAAGUUUGCGAAACAUUUAGUAAAGGACAGAUAAUAUGUUGUCAAGAAUUUUCAUUUGCAAUAAAAUGCUCAACCCUGUCUCUGUUGUACAGGUUAGAAAUUAUAAAUAUUACCUACGAUUUCAGACUUGUAAUCGAAAGUUAAGAGUGCAGUGGUGGCCGACGUUAGAAAAUCCAUGGGUUGAAGAAUCUCUUAAUGAUGACGAAUUGUCAAAACGAAAACCAGUAGAUUAUGAAGUUAGUAAGGCAGAAUAUGUAUGGGUGGAAAAAGUUUUAAAGAGAAAUAAGAUUCCGCUACCUGAAGGUAUACCGGGUCCUACUCCUAGUGGUUGGAUUCCCCCUAACCCGGACUUGUCGAAAAAUGUACCUUAUUCUGUCAGAAGGUCGAAGAAUCAUAUGUUACCCGUCUACUACAUGGAGAAGCAACGAAAACAGAAAGAGCGUUCACAUGGGGUCCGGCAGUUAACAGUCAUUCGACAUAUAGACGGCGAUAUGCACGCACUUGCUGAAGACCUCCGAACGCUUCUGCAACCGAAGUGUGAAGCAGGAUUGUUUCUUCAUCAGGUGGAUGAAGUUACACGCUGCAUAAAAAUCGAAGGUCUGUUCCAAGAAGAGGUAGCUAAUUUUCUCCUCAGCAAAGGAUUUUAA